CGCCAGAGUUUCGGCCCGUCACAGUGUCUGCUGUGCUACGUAUCAUUCACUGCGCGCAGGUUCGUCAGACCUGUUCACAUUUCACCGAUUUACACCUACGAGAGCGUCACCAGCCUGGAUGGCACGCGUGUGCCCACCCCCCUCCAACCCCUUGGCCUUGAUCUACGCCAAUCUUCGAGACUGAGAACCCUACGAAGAAACCUCGUGCUCCUUCGACGUGUCCAGCCAAUCUUCCAUACCUGUUAACUAGUCACCCAACAGUUCGGAGGAUUCUUGGGGUAUACUUGGGGCUGCCGAGGUCCCUCCACCCUCUCCACCCUCUCCCUCCGUCGGUCGUUACCUCGUUCGUGUCCCUAACUCGACCACGCCCCUUCGUAUGCUCGAGACCAGUCAACACGAGCAGAUUCGGCAUUCUAUAGGCCUGGGCGGAGGAUCCUUAUCGCACAUUGAUUGUUAGAGGGGAAGGACUUCGCACCUGUGUGCGGCGAGCUGGAGAAUGAGCUUCCUAGACAGCGUUUAUGGAAAGCUACCUUCCUCGCAAGGGACUCUGGGCAGACUCGACAAUGUCUCCCGCCGUGUCGAGGAGAGAUAUCCCCGGUUCUCAGUCUUCCGUCGGAGAGUACGAUUGAAGGGAAACUCGGCUGUCUCAAUACCGCUGGGCAUUGUUCUCAUAUUCCCUACCAUUGUGAUAAUAAUAAUAUUAAUCCUUGUCCUGCGGAAUCGAGACUCCGGCGGGAUGAUGAUGCCUUCCGGCACGCCACCUCAAGUACGGAAAAUAAGCGAAAAGCACGACAAAGUCUUUGUAACGGGCUGCCUGGAACCCCAAGUCAACGGACCGAGAGCAAAUGCCGCAUUCGUCGUACUUGCCAGAAACAAGGAGCUGGACGGCGUUGUACAGUCGAUGAAGUCGAUAGAAAGGCAUUUCAACCGCUGGUUCCACUACCCCUAUGUCUUCCUGAACGACGGAGAGUUCAAUGAGACGUUCAAGGAGACGGUGUUGAAGCACGCGAGUGCGCCAGUAGAAUGGGGGAAGAUUUCACCGGAGAUGUGGGGAUUCCCGGAUUGGGUUGAUCCAGCCGUGGCGAAGGAGGGGAUUGCAAAACAGGGCGAUGCGGCGAUCAUGUAUGGUGGUAUGGAGAGCUACCAUCACAUGUGUCGGUUCUACUCUGGCAUGUUUUACAAGCACGAGCUUCUCCAAAAGUACGAGUGGUAUUGGAGACUGGAGCCAGAGAUCAAGUAUUUCUGUGACAUUACAUACGAUCCAUUCAUACACAUGAUUCGAGAGAAGAAGACGUACGGUUUUGUCAUUGCCGUGAAAGAACUGAAAGAGACAGUUCCCAACAUUUUCCGUUAUGCAUCCGCUUACAUGAGGGUAAACAAUCUAACAUCCAAGGGACUCUGGGAAAUGUUCGUCGAGAAACCUGAGAAGCCGGAAGACGCGGCCAAGGACAAGAAGAAGAAGAAGAAACCACCGCCGCAAGGAAUACUCAACUCGGAAUCUGGACUGCCCGAGAUUGACCCGGAAGCAAUGGAAGGUGAGAAAUACAACAUGUGCCACUUCUGGAGCAAUUUCGAGAUUGCUAGUCUGGAAUGGCUGCGCAGCAAAGAGUACAACGACUUUUUUGAGAUGAUGGAUCGCAGCGGGGGAUUCUGGAUGGAACGAUGGGGAGAUGCACCGAUCCAUUCGCUUGCUGCAGGGGCGCUCCUGAGCCCUAAGGAUAUCCAUUACUUCCGCGACUUUGGCUAUCGGCACACGACUAUCCAGCAUUGUCCAGCCAACGCUCCGAAUCGACAGCUUCCAAGAAUACCGUUCCUGGAGAUGACGACAGAGGACGAGAAGAAGCGGAAGGAAGAGGACGAGUACUGGGCUACUCCAGAUCCGCCUAGGGAGAACGGCGUUGGUUGUCGAUGCAGGUGCGAUACGGACGUCGUUGAAGUCGAAGGCAAGGAGGGAAGCUGUCUGCCCGAAUGGGUGGAGGUUGCAGGAGGUUGGGCGUCACCCUGAAGGCCUCAGCAGCCGACCAGGCGUUCGGAAACAUUCCUUAGUGCAUCCCGUCGCUUCAUGAUGGCGCUGGGGAGUUUUCAGCUGUGCAUAUCAUGUCAUGACUCUUUUAUGGGACUGUGCUUGGGGAGCUUGCACUGUAGAGGCGUUCUGCGAAUAUGACAUGUAGACUACGCUUUUUGUUAGGAGCCAUGAAUAGUCAGCAAUGCCCUUCACGCUUUGGCGAGGGUCCAUCUCAGUCAAAUCAC